UGAUGCCAAUGGUAUGUUGCACUAAAAGGGUAGCCUAAACUUUUUCCUUGCUGACAGCAACACUUCCUUGAUCUCAUUAAAUUAUUUCAGACUUCCCAGAUGUCCACCGACUUUCUCCAGAUUCAAUAAAAGAGCUCAACUCCUGUCUGUUACCUAAGAUUUUGCCAAGUGUAUGUCGUUUUGUCACUCUGUGAUUGAGGAAACUUAGAAGCCCUGUUGAGUCCUUAACUUCUCUCCUCGCUUGAGUGUUCGCAGAAUCAGAAAAGGCUCUCUGUUUUUCAGCAGUUUAUUUUGGAAAGAGUCUCUGUUUGAGCUAUCUACCACUGUGCGAGAAAGGGGUUUCGGUUUCUGGGUCUUAGGAUAUGUGAAAAUGGUGAUAUUUAGCAUGAAUUCAAAGAGGAUAAGAAGACCAAAUGUUAGGUUAUGGGAAAUAGGUGAUCUACCUGCAGCCUUCGCACGUGCGAGUUAUCAUAGAAGUGGUGCAAGUUUAGGGCAGAAGAGAUGGAAAAGAAAGUUUUCUGAAGUUGGGGAGUCAGAAUACCUCCAGGUUUCUACUGAAAAACAACCUGAGCAUACAAUCUUGGAUCCUAGUGUUUCUCCAAGGAUUAUCAAUGAUAUCCAACAUAACAGAGAGAACAAGGACCCUAACUCUUUAAAAGUAGCAUCUGAAUUUGUCAAUUCAGAUGAAAGAAAUAUGACCAAUUGUAAUCUGGAUUUUGGAACCAUAACUCGGAGGUCUAGGCUCAUGAAGCGAAGAAAACGGAACCCUAAUAGCACUUCUAGUCUAUUUGGUGAUCCUUGGAACUCAAAAACUGGUGGGCAGAAAACUGUUCAAGAUGAGAAAGGUUAUGGGUGGAAUCAAAAUGUUGCAUGCACAUCAGCUGCUGAUUUGGACAUCUUUCCUGUUAAUGGCUUUAAGGAUUCUUCGCAGAAUGAAACAUCAGCAAUGAGCAAAGAAGCUUGGGAGAACGAGAUUGAUGACCUGAAUAGUAGGGGGAUGCUGCAGAAGCCCAGAGGCUUCUCGAUUGAGGGUGCUUGCUAUGAAGAGAAUGCAACCUUUCUGCAAUUUGCGAGAGGACACAAUGAUAAAGAAUCCAGUGGUUGUGAUGUAAAUGGUGUCAGCCAAUGGCUGGAAGAGCUUGGUCUUGGUAAGUUUGCUGAAUUGUUUGAAAUGCAUGAAGUUGAUGAAGAAACUCUGCCUUUUCUUACUUUUGAAGAUUUGAAAGACAUGGGAAUUGUUUCUGUUGGGCCUCGUCGGAAGUUGUUUAAUGCAAUUCAGCAGCUAAAAGGAGGCAGGUAAAGGCAUGUUGGUGUUUGCAUAAAGCUCAUGAGUUUCAAAAUCAAAGGUAAUAUGAGUUGUCCUUUUGAUGUUUGUUGGCAUCAUCUUAUUCUGGUUAUGGUUGGAAGGACAUCCAGUUUCAUGUUUGGCAUGCUAGUUUUCAGGAAGUUAUGGGGUUAUACAGCCUAAGGGAGUGCUCAAUGUCAAUUGAGGAAAGCUCCGUCUGCUGAAUACAGGGGGAAAUUUCAAACUAAUUGCGGAAGUGUUACUUUUACCUCCUUUUAAAGCAUAUUGUUUCAUCUUAUGGCCAGUUGUUUAUGUCCCAAAAUUUUUGAAUGUGACAAGAUGCGUCUCAAUAAAACUGUAUCAGUGGGGUAUCAGUUGCAAGAGUUUGAAGAUUAACCUAUGCAACGAGGUAUCUAGUAUGCUUUUUUCAGUGUCUCAUGAAUUGGGAUUCAGCCGGAAACGGCUUGAAUUGCC